AUGUUGCCCAUGAAGGCUGACAAUGGCAAAGACUCGCUAGCUACCUCAAAGGUGGAGGCUGACGUUCUCAGGGAGUUCAAAGAGUUCGCUAGGCAACAGCAAAAAAAUGCAAUGGAAGCAAGAUCGCGAAGAGAAAGAAAAAAACUAAAAGAAGACAAAUUGGCAGAGUUGAAGAAAUUUGCCCAAAGUUUCAAGCUGGCCACUCCAGUACCAUCAGAUUUAAUCGAUAUUCUUUCCAAGGAUCCUUCCAAGCAGCAGGAGAUAAAGGAAAAGGCUAUACGUGACGCAGAGCCUUUCGCGCAGAAAAAAACAGAAGCAGCUGAGACUAAGGAAGCCGCCAAACCCGAAAAGCAAAGCCCGCAGCCUCAAGAAAACAACCAAGUUGUAUACGAGCUCCCACAAUCCAAAUCAUGGGCUGAUGUAGUGCGUGGCACGCCUUCGAAAGGCGAUCAGCCUAUUGCACCCAUUUCUAGUCCCAGGAGCAAUAACCCGACAGCAAGCGUCUAUUCUUCAUCCCUUAGUGGCUUCACGAGGAGUACUGAGGCAACGCAAACGACAACGUUGACUUCGGUGUCUAGUCGGUCUAAGACUGUUCGUCCCAACCAAAUGCGAAACCCAUAUCCUGGCCUGGCACUCCUCUGGGAUAUUCAAGAAGUUGGAGAAGAUCCACCACCUGUACUGGGCCGGCAAAAUGUGGGACAAUCAUUACAGGAUGAGCCCUAUGAUAAGGAUGACGAAUCGCUCAUUUCGCAAACAUCAACGACCUACACGCCAGAGCAGAAAGAUGAUGUCAUUGUGAGAUUCUCGCAAGCCAUGCUCAAAGGCCUCCACUCUCAUGUCAACUAUGGUGCAGCAAAUAAGUCGUCAAGGCAACAUGUCCUUGCACAUCUCGGAUCGGCUUUGAGGACAUUUGCUGAAGCUGUUGAGGCGGAUACGCCAGAAGGAACACAAGCAAAGGCAAGAAAAAUGGUGCGAAGGCUGAGGUCUGAAAUUGCUCGCAAUUUUCAGGAUCGAGUCCUUAGGGACGACCAAGUUCAAGAAAGCAAUCGCAUAGUGAUCAAUUUAACCGAAAGGGAAGAAAUGGGCGCUGCUGAGAAGAUAAACCGCUGGUAUAUACCGUGGCCUGAUCCGGAUUUCCAUGCUGGGUGGCAAGCAGGACCAGAAAUACAGCCGAAGCACCAGUACCAUUCAGAGCGAUCUACGAGCUUCCCUACACGGUCAGAGAGCUCCGUGGGGCAGAGCGAUGUAGAAGUGUCACCUCGUGAUACUACGCCAAUAUAUGGGACAUCUAUUAAUCCAAUUGAAGUCAUGAAGCACUUUUCAACGCAUCCAGCCUUUGAGGAGCUCCUUGAAACUACGCGGAAGCUCUUUGAACGAUUUCACAGUCAAAAAAUGGAUUUAGUACGCCAACGCACGUCCCUCUCAAUUCGUCGCCAGUUGGGAAAACAGGGAAGCAAUAACAGUGUCGCGAUCUUCAACCUCGAUUGGGACCUACACAGUUUCUUAAUCGCAAAUUAUGAUGAUGGCGUGUAUCAAAAUAUUGACAAGAUACUUGCUGUCACCGGUACAAUGGGAAAUGCACAGCUUUGCUCGGUUGGUCAAUACUUUGCGUGGGCCUGGCCAGGUUACGAAUUCCAGCUGUUGGAGGAACUACAGUCAACACUGUGUGGCUCUACAAGCAAAAAUAGACGACGACGACGACGACGACACACGAGGUAUGCGGCGGGACGCGUAACUGUAAAUUCAACACUUCGCAUAGUAACAGUCCAUGGAGCUGAAGAUUUCAUCAUUUCUAUUGCGCAGCAGCUCUCUUGGUUGAUAGCAGUAUGCCAAGAAAAGCAGGACCAGCUUUCUCAUGCCUACGUGGGCUUCUUUGAGGCGAAAAGUGCCGAAACAAAUGCAAUCGCCACCUUCGACAUCGAUGUUCAACUCGAAGUUGCAUCGAUUCAGUCCAGUGGCAGUUGCUGGAACACGAUAGUCGGACCCGCGGUUAUAGUUACUGGAUUUCCCCUUCCUGAGCGCCAACACAACGAACAGGGGCUUGAGAUGUCGAUCCCUGUGAUGGCGGCUCUUGCGGACACUCCCCAGGCCGUCAGCUACAGAGGUGGUUUUGUUUUCAAGGCCAGACACCACGCUCUCGUCCCCAUCGAGGACUUUGGGUCGUCUAUACAAUGGCAUUUGAUAGACACCUAUCCUGAGAGGCUUGAGUGGACUCAUAUCGACAGAGCAUGUCCUAAAAGACUUAGAGGCACGGUGAACAAAGAGUUUUGGAAUCGCCGCUCAUUUCUCGGGUGGUGUCCUCAAGUCCUUGAGUUUCUGGCAACAUCAAGCUUCAAUCAUGCGUCUGUACAGUACUCCAAGGCUUCGAAACCUCCAAGAUGGGCCCAGAUUGAUAAAUUCAUCAUUGGGUUUAGCCAGUGGGGAACAGCUACUGCCCAAGUAACUUUCGGCAAGAAAGAUGGCUUUCGGAGCUUGCGACCUGAUGAUUACGAAACGCUCCUUGACGAUGCUAAGGAGACUCAAGUCAUUUUACACGACACGACUCACCAACGCGCUUUUCAAACUAAUGCGGAGGAUCUGAUUCUUAACAUUCUUCUCCAUCGACAGAGUUUGCUUCUAUCAGGACUAUCACGAAACCCGACAGAGAAGAAUGCAGUGGAUAUCAUCCAUGGUGCAGAUAUCAGCAGACAGAGAACCUCAACCCGUGCUGCUAUGCUUAACAACGCCGAGAAGGUCCUUUCUUUCAGAACAUCCAUGUCCAAUACUAAAAAGGAAGAAAGCCGGUUUAAAUACGAAGUGAAACUACUUUACUCGACGGUCGAUGGGCUCUGGGCCCAGUCAUAUGCAGGUGAUAGCACAGCAGUAAAGCUCGGCCUCAAGUUUGGACAGAAUGUCACUGGAUGGGAGUACAUGGAUGUUGUCAACAACGUCAAAGUGAUACCGCCCAAGUCAGUUGACUUGAAAAAGUCAUGCGGGCGCUGGAACGAUUACGCAAAAGAUAUCCAAGCCAUUGUGCUAUUCGGAGGCGACUUUGGAGACAUUCUCGUUCCGGGGUCAUCCAAGCUGUGCUUGAAUUACAAAUGCCUGCCAAGAGAUGAGUGCUACUUGGGUGUUCGGGUAGAUGCACUCCAAUCGCUUUUUGAUCGGCAGGGAUCAUCACAAGACCAGAGGAAACUUUCACCAUCUGGCCUUACGCUGCAGGGAUCGCAAGAUCUGUUCAGGCCAUGUGUAGGCAUAUGCUCCGAUCAUGUGGUUCAAUUAGUGAAGCAGUCAAAAGGCCAUUGCCCACUGCCCCUUGAGAAGAAUGGUGCAAUCAUCAUCGGCGACCCUAGAGUGGGUUUUCUCCCCAAGAAGUUUGACAAGAAUCGGCAACCGGAAAAGAAACCUUUUCGAGCUCCGCGUCAAGACCGCCAGGCUUUGUACCGUACAGAAAGGGAGACAGCCCCGAUAACAGCUAAACAGUCCCUAAGGCCUAACGUACUUCCGAAACCAAUCGAUUCGUCCGACAGAACAUCAGAGAAUACGAAAGCGAGAAGACCCGGAUACGAGAUGUCUUCAUCAUCAACGGUUAGCAGUGGUCCCUGGAGUGGAUCUUCAGUCACAGAUGGGAUUGUCAGUUCGUCGUCCAUUUCUUCGAGCCCGCCGAUGAGAACUUGGAGUAGUAUAGUCGCUUCAAAAACGAAAGAGGCUGAUUUUGAGGCCAGAGUGGAUAACAGGGCUGGGCUAAGGCCGGCGACGUAA